AUGUCAGAAUCAUCAAGCUGUCACUCCUUCGGGGAAAAUAGCUCGGCUGCAUCAAGAAUAAAAUACUUAGGUAUAGGCCACUGCUGUGACCAAGAUGGCCAGGAGACUCGUUCCUUCCUCAAGGAUGCCUGGGCCAAGGAGCUGGUGCUGGUCGCAUCCUUCACCAUUGGGGGCCUCACUAUAAUUCUGCCAACCCUCAGCCCUUUCACCAAAUAUGCUACCAUGAUCAACCAGGCCACACCCUACAACUAUCCAUUCCUCCCCCCUGCCCCCCCAGAUGAUGGGAACAUGUCCAACACACCCAGCCACCCUCAGGAUACCUAGGAACCAAGCUUGGAGUAGCUGAAGAAAUUGUGA